AUGACACUAUCAGCUCUUGGGGAUCAAGACUUAGAUAAGUGUCACACCUGCUGGGGAGGAGGAAACAACGCGCGUGUAGUCCAGGCGUUGGAGUACACAGAGGAAUGGGUAUUGCUUGUGAGACAGAAGAGCCUGGAGCAAGACGUCUUACUUUACCUCCCUAAGCAAACGAGCAGAGAGCUUUCAUUGUUGAGGUUCCUCAGUGCUGAACUAACAAGAGGGUACUUCCUUGAACAUAAUGAGGCCAAGUAUACAGAAAGAAGAGAAAGAGUAUACACUUGUAUGCGAAUACCAAGAGAAUUGGAAAAGCUCAUGGUUUUUGGAAUCUUUCUGUGCCUGGAUGCAUUUCUGUAUGUGUUCACCCUGCUUCCUUUAAGAGUUUUCCUGGCACUGUUCAGGCUCUUCACCCUGCCUUGCUAUGGCUUCAGGGACAGACGUUUGCUCCAGCCUGCCCAGGUGUGUGACAUUUUGAAGGGCGUCAUUUUGGUCAUCUGCUAUUUCAUGAUGCACUAUGUCGACUACUCCAUGAUGUAUCACCUGAUACGGGGGCAGUCGGUCAUCAAGCUCUACAUCAUCUACAACAUGCUUGAGGUAGCAGAUCGUCUGUUUUCAUCAUUUGGACAAGAUAUAUUAGAUGCUCUCUAUUGGACAGCAACAGAGCCUAAAGAAAGAAAGAGAGCCCACAUCGGGGUGAUUCCGCACUUUUUCAUGGCCGUUCUCUAUGUCUUUUUGCAUGCAAUUCUUAUAAUGGUUCAAGCAACAACUCUCAACGUAGCUUUUAACUCACACAACAAGUCACUGCUUACUAUCAUGAUGUCUAAUAAUUUUGUUGAAAUUAAAGGAAGUGUCUUCAAGAAGUUUGAAAAGAACAAUCUUUUUCAAAUGUCAAAUAGCGAUAUUAAGGAACGAUUCACAAAUUAUGUGCUUUUGCUAAUAGUUUGUCUGAGAAACAUGGAACAGUUUUCUUGGAACCCAGAUCAUCUUUGGGUGUUGUUUCCAGAUGUCUGUAUGGUGAUUGCAUCAGAAAUUGCUGUGGAUAUUGUAAAACAUGCGUUUAUCACCAAGUUCAAUGACAUUACUGCAGAUGUCUACAGCGAAUAUAGAGCCAGCCUUGCUUUUGAUCUUGUUAGCAGCCGACAGAAAAAUGCAUAUACUGAUUACAGUGACUCUGUGGCACGGAGGAUGGGCUUCAUUCCUCUCCCACUAGCUGUUUUACUCAUCAGAGUUGUAACAAGCUCAAUUAAAGUGCAAGGAAUCCUGUCUUAUGCCUGUGUCAUACUCUUCUAUUUUGGGUUGAUAUCCCUGAAAGUACUUAAUAGCAUCGUGCUAUUAGGAAAAUCAUGCCAGUAUGUGAAAGAAGCCAAAAUGGAAGAAAAGUUGUUUAACCCUCCCCCAACCAACACUCCAGGCAAACCAUCCAGUAAAUCACAAAACAGAUGUAAACCCUCCCAAGAAGAAAACCUUUCUGCUUCAGUCACCAGCCAGCCGGUUCAUCAAAAGGAAAAUGUCAUACCAUUACUUGUGACAAGUAAUUCUGAUCAGUUUCUGACAACUCCAGAUGGUGAUGAGAAGGACAUAACACAGGACAACUCUGAAUUAAAACACAGAUCCUCAAAGAAAGACUUGUUAGAGAUAGACAGGUUCACAAUUUGUGGAAACCGAAUUGACUGAACUCUGCAGCUUGGUGUGCUGAAGACGCCAGGUCCCGGGAGAGCAGACGCUGUGCUCCCAGGACGGACAGACGUGAAAAUGGCACUUAAAUAUUUAUUUAAAAACUUAAAUUAUUAAUGGAAAGCAAGUCUUAGUAUCUUCCUUCCAGUCACGUGGUCUGGCUGAAGGUCAGGUCACGGAACAGCAGCCACGUCCAGCCUCGACUCUGGCACACUUGGCGGGUUAGGCAGCCGCCUCCUGCUCGAGCACUUCCGGCCGCGGGGAGCAGCAGCAGGGUUGCUUUUGCUUUGUCCACCUGGGCUUCCAGAACAUCGGAUUUUGCCCCGAGGCCUCUGCGGUGUAAGGAUCUACCUGGCAAACUGUGAAGCUUCUCCACGGCGUCCCCUUUCCAGUCUCAUACUAUUUUCACCAACAGUUUCAAACUGGACUUCAUCUGCCAAAGCAUAAAGAAAUAAUUAAACUUAAGUCAAGAUAAAUGUUCUUACCACCAGAGUAAUCCUUGGAGAUGUAUCUGAAUUAAUCAGAAUAAAAGGCUACCUUAAAUAAGACUUGAUGAAUAGUAGCGUUUUAUAGAAAAAACCCUAAGCCAGUUUGUUUAUUUAAAAAAAAUGAAUGAAGGUUAUGUAUCACUGAGAAAUUGUUUCAUAAUUUUUCAGUUUCCUCUUUAAAGCAAAAUGUGACCUGUGCAUUGUUUAAUUGCAGUGGAUAAAAUAGAAAUUCCCUUCCCAAAAGGCACUUUUUAUACUGAAAAAGCAGAGCAGUGUUAACUUUAAUGUAUAGUUAACUGGUUUUGUUUUAAAACUAAUUGCUUCUAAAUUGUUACAGUUAAAAGGAUUUGGUGUUGAAUAGGCUGAAGAAUUGUCGGUGUACAAAAUUCAGAGAUGUUAGCUUUAACUGGGUUUUGUAAGUAAAUACUCUUAAGUGGACUGGGCAGUGCCGGUGCCUGGGAUGAGGUCUGUACUCUGUGGGAGCGCGUCUGUGUGGGGAGGUGUGACUGUGGGAGUGUGCCCACUGGGGCCGGGCAGCCCCGUGGUUGAGGAGUAAGUGGCCUGUCAGGGGUGUGGUGGCUGUCUGGGUGUGGGAGGUGUCUGGGUGUGGAUGUUGGGAACAGCAACCAAAAGGUGCUGUUUGGUCUUGUUUGAGAGCGAGACUCCGUUUCUGCUCACUUACUAGUUUGUGGCCUGCAUCAUAGGACAAGUUAUUUUCCACCACAUUUUAUCUUGAGAAACCUUUCUGCACUUUUGUACAAAUUUUACGAUGUCUAAUUUCAGAACGCCCAGAUGUCGCUGUUGUUGCCCCUGUGACGGCCCCAUCCUGAAGUUGCGCUCCUGUGCUGCUCUUUCAGGCGUGUGAUGUGCAGAAGAUAAAUUUUAGGUGAUUUGUCUAUUUCCUGGGUGAAAUAGAAAGCGAGCUUUAAUGCUUUGGAUUGUUCAUUUAAAAUACAGAAGUGAAUUUUCAUGUUUUGCAUUAACUAAAGAAAUCUGGAGAUUAAUGUUCACAUAGGGUAAAAGAAGAAAUUGUACACAAAUGCUUUUGUGAAACCAGGAAGUACUUUAAGUUAAAAAUGAGAAGACUUUUAAUUGCUUUGUGUAUGUUUCAGUGAAGCCCCAUCUUAGAAUUAUUAUUCUUUUCUCCGUCUUCUCUUCACCACCCAAAGGAACAGUGUCCGUGAUGAAUGGGAAGAGUUUGAGGAGAACCUUGCCAAACACAGCCCUGAUCAGAGCAAGAAUAGGAUUGGGGUACUUCUUUCAAUUCAGCUUGAAUUAUUCUGUUAUUGUGCUGUCAUUUUUGGAAGAUUUCCAUUUCCUUUGCAGAAUAUAUUGGGAGUUCAGAAUGGUGUUCGUUUCUUCUGUUAAAAUGGCAUUCAGUACUAAUUUUAUAAGUGCAUCUUGUGUGAAACUCAAUAAAUUCAAUUUUGUAAUCUUUUUUAAAAA